AAAGAAUCAGCUGCAGGGAGCCUACAGGCAAUACUAGCGAGAAGUCCUGUUUCUGCAGUUUUCACAGUUUGUUUCUUUUUAGCAAAGUUGGGGUCGUCUUAUGGUGGCUGAAGGUAAAUUGCAAUAUCGCACAUUUUUAUCAAAGAGGUGUAUAUAUACCAGGGGCAGACUGACCAUUUGGAAACUUGGGCACUGCCCGAGGGCCCGGGAUGCCCCUGGUACCUUUUUCAUAGGUUUUUUUGAGUUUGGGCAAGGACACAGGGGCCCCAUGAUCCCCUUUUGCCCGGGG